GGGAUCUGCCGACUGGGUCAAACUAGACUCUCCUCAUUUUGACAUAAUUCUCGGCAAUCUUUCAAGGUCACUUUCUAGGACAAGUUCCUAUCUCCCUUUCUUUUGUUCUCAAAAGAAAACUCUCAGAGUUCAGCUUGAUCGAAACAGUUCUUUCCACCAAUCAUGAACGGCUUGGCUAUCAGUCCCUUCAUAGCAGCCUUACCCAAGGUGGAACUCCAUGUCCACAUUGAAGGAACACUCACGCCAGCUCUCCGCUGGGAGCUAGCGCAUCGCAACAAUAUCAGUCUACCGUAUGCGACAUUCGAAGACCUCAAAGCUUCCUAUGCAGUGACAUUGAAUCAUCGGCCUGAGCUGAACGGACGUCAACCCGGUAUUCCAACUUUUCUCGAGGCCUAUUUUGCAGGAUGUGAAGUCCUUCGCACAGAGCAGGACUUUUAUGAUUUAGCAAUGGCGUAUCUCCGUCGCUGUGCAGAGAUGAAUGUGCGAUACGCCGAGCCGUUCUUCGAUAUCCAAGCACAUACGCGACGAGGCGUGGCAGCGACUGCUGUUUUAGACGGGUAUUUACGCGCACAACACGAUGCAGCACGCGAAUUUGGUGUACGAUCGCGCUGGAUAUUGUGUUUUCUCCGUGAUGAGCCUGUUGAAAAAGGGCUGGCGGCAUAUGCCGAGGCGAGACCCUGGGCCGCUGGUACCGUCGAGGGAGGCAAGGGGCUUUUCCAUGCCGUUGGACUCGCCAGCAACGCGUACGAAAGACCGCCGAUGUUAUUCGAAGAGGGAUAUGCGCUUGCAAAAGCGGAUGGCUUGCAUGUCACCAUGCAUUGUGAUUUUGGACAAAAAGACACCCACGAGCAUAUUCAUGAAGCCAUCUUCAAAGUAUGCAAAGGCCAGGGAUCAGAGCGCAUUGAUCAUGGACUUGAUGCCGAGGACAAGGAAGAGUUAUGGCAGGGUCUCGUUGAUAAGAAGAUUGGUUUGACUCUGUGUCCUCACGCGUACCACCGAAGAACAGCAACAGAGGUUCUCUUUCCCAAGAUUCGACGACUGCGCGACAGAGGGGUGAAGAUUUGCAUCAACAGUGAUGAUCCGACUUUGAUGCAUGAUGUUUGGAUUGAUGGGAAUAUGCAGAAAACUUAUACAUACUGCGAGUUCAGUCAAGCUGAAAUGGUGCAAUUGGCCAGGAAUGCGGUGGAUAUGUGCUGGGCCGAGGAGGAUGUGAAGGACGCUAUCUAUAGAGAAUUAGAUGAGGUAGAUGUCCUUGAAUAA